UUCUUGCGCAGCUAGCCAUGGAGGAUGGAAGCGGUUGGAGCAAGGGAGGGUAGGGCGAACGUGAUUUUGUUGCCCCCGUCGCCACAUGGUAGUACUUAAUGGUUGCGCAGAUCUCACUCUAGAAGGCUUCUAGAAGCUUAGAUCUCAGGAUCAGGUUCCCCCCGUUCUGGUGCAACCCGAUUCCCAUAUCCAUAAUGCAUUUGCUGUUGGUUCGCGUCUUGGUGCUCCUGUCGCUGGCGGGCCUCGCUGAGGUGGCCGCCUGCGGGAACCCUCCGCCGAGCGCGACAUCGAUUUAUCAGUAUGCAAAUGCCACCUUCAUCGAGAACAUCUUCGUCCUGCCUUCUGGAUACCUUCUUCUCAGCACCUUUGACACGGCGAACCUGGUGGCCCUUGACCCCCGCGUUGCGAGUCCAACAGUGCGAAAUGUGGUCGCCCUGGGCAACACGACAGGGCACACAGCAGUUGCGGCCCUUCCCAACAACCUCUAUGCCGUCGCUGCCGGCGAGCAUACGCCAUUUGGUUUCGUUAACAACACCAUGGCGCUUUAUGUCGUGUCGAUAACUGGGGCGCCGCCGAGGGGGAGCGUCGUCACCUCGAUUCCGGUCCCCGGCACCAUGAUGAUGAACGGGCUGGCCGCGUUGCCGCGCCGGCCGUAUACGGUCCUGAGUGCCGACUCCAUCGCCGGGCGGCUGCUGCGGAUCAACACCAUCACGCGCCAGGUCGACGUUGCGUGGACGGAUGCAGCCCUCGGGUCCGGCGGGAACCCCGACAUUCCUCUGGGCGUCAACGGUCUCAAGAUCGUUGGCGACUGGCUCUACUUCACCAACUCGGGGCAGGGCACCCUUGCGCGCGUCCGCAUCGAUGCCGAGGGCAACAAGGUCGGGAGCGUCCAGGUCAUUACAACCCUCCCAACCCCGGCCACCAUGGCGAAUGCGUACGAUGACUUUGAUCUCGAUCGCUGCGGCAACGCCUAUGCUGCCUUGCAUCCGGACAAGGUCGUCAAGAUCGCCCCGAACGGCGUGCAGACUGUUGUCGCUGGCAAUGGCACGGGUCCGACAUUGGAAUCCCCAACCGCGGUCAAGUUGGCACUUGAUGGGAAGUCAAUCUACAUCUCGACGGGCGGCAACUUUGCAGGGCCUACGAUAACGGGCGGCCAGGUGCUGAACCUCAAGUUGUGUAGUUGCUAAUACCCCAAUUGACGAGUGUCAUGUCAAAACCUGAAGAUACCAAGCUUGAAUCAUGAGCAUGCUUUUUCCAAUCA